AUAUAUAUACCUUUUUAUUACACAUAUAAACACAUUGGGCCAUAUAAAAAUCUUAUAGAGUUGCCCACUUCAGUCAGGCAUGGAUUACAAAUCUGAGGGCACGGUUUACACAAGGCUGUAUUUUUCUUCUUACCUGACACUAGGGGGCUCCGUAGAAUAUUGACAGGUCACAAAAGGGGGAAAAUUGCAUGCCUGAGAAGGUUAAUUAGCAAUAGACUUUAGUCAUUCGUCAAAUUUUCCGUGCUCAUACUGUAUACAUGAUAUUUGUCUUAUUUCCAGUUGUGAUUGCCAUACAUGGAUUAUGGAAUGACUGUCUUCCUGGUGCACAGUUGCAAUAUAAAAUGUAUUUGCAAUAUAAAAACUUUUAUUUGUGUUUUUUUUUUUUUUUUUUUUUUUUUUUUUUUUAAAUUGGCAGUCAUUACAGUCAGUGCCACACAGCAUUUCUUCCUUUAAUACACAGGUUUGUGGGGGGGGGGGGGGCAAUAAAAAAAGUGCAGGAUCAGAGCUGGGAACAUGUGACGGGAUAGCUGGGGAAAGUCACGUGACGCUGGUGUCACCUGUGGCUAUUAUUAAUUCUUCACCUCUCGGGUUCUUUAAAACGAGCUCCUAAAACGGAUCUCACUUGAAUUUCUGCCACUUUUCUCUUUCUUUUUUUUUUUUUUUUCUUUAAUUUUUUUUUUUUUUUAACAGCCUCCACACCAACGUGACAAUAUCAGGCCUGCAAGUUAGUGCGCUUUUAACAUGCGGUAAUUUUGACCAUGCCCAAGAUUUUUAUUCCACUUUUGAAUUUAAUUUGCUGAAGUUAAAUAAAUAAAAUAAAAUAAAAUAAAAUAAAAAAGGGGGGGGAAGCUGCUCAGGAUGUUCACUCCGAGAGAAAACCUCUGUCGCCGCUUCCAGGCCAACAUCUUUAACAAGAGGAAAUGCCAGAACUGCUUCAGAACCGCGGAUUCACACACACUCAGUGAACCCGAUUUACACGCAAUUAAACCCGUGAAAGCUGGUUGGCUUCUUUUAGCACCGAAUGGUAUAGACGUUCUGAAUCCUGUCCGUAAGAACCGGAAAUGGCAGCGACGGUAUUUCAUCCUGUAUGAGCAUGGGCUUCUGCGCUAUGCUUUGGAUGAGAUGCCUGGUACUUUGCCCCAGGGCAGUGUGAACAUGAGCCAGUGCACUGAUGUGCUGGACGCCUCAUCCCAGACCAACUUCUGCAGCAGCCUUCGCCUGUGCUUCAGUGACGGAGAUUAUUAUAUAAGAACAGAGAAUGCAGAGAGCAUCACUGGGUGGCAAGAAAUCCUGCUCGUUCACUCAAAUGCUGCGAAAACAAACCAAAAGAAGAGAAGGAGAGAGCAAGCACUCCCACUGCAUAACCUAAAGAAGCAGGCAGUACCUGAAAGAAACCAGGUGUCCAACGGCAGUAAUAGCGACUAUAUCCUGAACACCAGCUGCAGCAGUGGUAGCAGAAGCACCACCAAGAAAAGAAGCCCUGAAAACUGUAGAACCACUGGGGUUAAUAUUGGAGAUCUAAACACCAGAAUUGGUGCUGAAGGCAUUAAUGUUUGUCGACGUGACAGUAUAGACACAAGUGGCAGUGAUAUAGGGUGUGUGGAGGUUGGUUGUCCACUCCCUUCUUCUCCGAGGGCGGGGCUUCAGGAGAAACACGAGGAGCUCCAUGGGAAAGGAGGAGUCCACUCCAGCAACAGAACAAGUCAUGCCAAUGCUCCCAAUAGCUCCUCAAUGAGCUCCUACAUCUUCUCAACGCUUGGUCAGCUUCCCGCUCACUUCAGCACAAACGCAUCUAAGAGCCGUGAGGGCAUAGAGAGUGGCUAUUCUUCUUUGGAGAAAACUAGAUCUGAUGCUGAGGACACACAGACAGGCCCUGACCAGGACUACAGGCGAUCACAGGCGAUUAGUCAAUUUGAGCAUGAAAAUGGGAUGCAUAUACCUGCCAGUGAGCCGUGUUCUUCUUCAUCAAUAUCUACCUGCUCUGCUGCAGAAUAUGAUCAAGACGAGAGCGCAAACCACCGCACAACACGGGCGUUUGCUCGUGGUCACGGUGCAUCUGGUGUCUCUGCCUCCACCUGUCGACGCUCCAAAUCGCUGGAGCGCAAUCUGGCUGAACACACUCCUACGCCUGACCUGUUAAAUUUUAAGAAGGGAUGGAUGACGAGAUUGGGAGAAGAUGGAAAGUGGAGAAAGCAUUGGUUUGUUCUUACUAACCAGAGUUUAAGAUUCUACAGGGAUUCAGUUGCUGAAGAGGCUGCAGAUCUGGAUGGUGAGAUCAACCUGUCCACUUGUUAUGACAUCACAGACUUUCCUGUGCAGAGGAACUAUGGCUUUCAAAUUCAUACUAAAGAUGGAGUUUUUACACUCUGUGCAAUGACAUCUGGGAUUCGCCGGAACUGGAUUCAGGCAGUCAUGAAGAAUGUUCAGACAUCUGUUGCCCCUGAUGUCACAUGCUCUCUUCCUCAAAAGGUGCCAGUGGGUAUGGUUUCUGAGUGUAAAUUCCCCUCUGCUUCAAACUCCUCACGAUCAGAGGAGGAGGAGAAAAGGAGCAGUGUCGGUGAACGUCGAAGAGAGGGGCGUUACAAAACUUUUGACUGGGCUGAGUUUAGUCACAUGCGGAAGAAAAGGGAGACACUCAGCAGGCAGUCGGGAAUAGAAUCAGAGUUUGACUGUUGUGACUCCAUACCCCCUGCACCUGCGCCGUCUCCUGAAGAACCUGCCGCAAGCUCCAUCACGGUGGUGCAUACUGAGAUGGGCCAGGCUCCACACAUUACAAUGCCCGCAGACUCCUCACCGCUCAUGGUGAGAUCCAGUAUUGUCGCCAGUAAACCAAGUGACCAGAAGAGUGCAGAGGUUGACACUGUGGAUCUCUUUAAUGACCUUUCUAAUGCACCGAUGGAAGGAAAGAAAGAGACUGAUCUUUACUCCUCACCAUUACCAGUCACAUUUUCAUCAUUGUCAGUGCAAACAGAGUGGCAGUGGGAGCUGGAGCUUCAAACACUCCACAGGGAACUGAAGGCCAUGUAUGAGAGGAGUGAGAGAGAAGGGAAGGAGUAUAAACACUCUGAGGCCCGCCUCCAGACUGAGUUGAGUGACAGUCUGGAUCGCCUACGUGAAACAGAGUCAAAACUGUGGAAAACUGAAGCCACCCUGAGGGAAAGAGAGAAUGAGCUGGAGGAAUUGCAAAGUUGUUUGGAAGAAGUUUCAGGACGUCUCAAGGCUACAGAGGAGGCGCAGGCUCUGAAAGAUGUUCGCCUACAGAGACACUUGCGCCUCCUGGAGGAGAGUCAGGAAAGGGAGAGGAGAAGUCUCGGCGAUAGUCUUGAGCAUGCAGAGAAGCGGGGGAAGGAACUGGAGGAGCGGCUUAUGCAAACAGAAGUGAUGAUGCAAAAGAUGCCAACAAGGGGCAUAGUGGAGCAGUUGGAGAGAAAGUGCCAAGAACUGCAGAACCAGCUAGAUGAAUCGGACGGCGAGUUGAGUAGGUUGCAGGCACGGCUUCAGAAUGAGGAGACGCUGUACUAUGAUAUGGAGCAUAAAUACGAGCAAGUAUGUGAGGAGUUGGAGUUUGUGCGUGGAACAUUGCAAAACUGUGAGAGGGUAUGUGAAGAGCGCUUUAGAAUCCAAUUGGAGCAGCAAGAAGAAAAACUUAAUAGGAAGGAGCGGGAGCUGCAAGAAGUGUUUCUCAAAAUGGGUUGCUCAGGUGCGACUCUGGAAAAGACCAAACAAAUAUGGCUGAAAGAGGAGAGCCCAAGCACUCGGGAGACGGGCAAGAAUUUUGGGUAUGGUUAUUUGGAGAAACCACCAGCUGCACGGGGAGAUGAAUCAGAACAAGUAAUCUCUGUGAUACAGGCAUUGGAGAGCAAGUUGUGUGACACAGAGGAGAGGCUUCAGGAGAUCACUGUGCAUCUCCAACAACAGCAGCAAAAACUUGGUGAUGAGGUUAUUGCUUGUAAAGUUGAUGAUCACUGGAAUGUGCAGAUACCCAGUGAGUCACUGGGGCCAGGUAGUAGAGGUGACAUCCCAGAUGGAAAACAUUGUGGGAUUCUACUGGAAAAGAUUGCUACUAAUAAGAUGCUUAACUUUGAUCUCCAGGAAGCCUUGCAAGAAGAAUGUACAAGUCCAGAGAAGCACUUAUCUCAAGGGAUGACUCGCAGGAUGCUGUCCCUAGAAGCAUUGGUCAUCCAGAGGAUGGCUUCUGCACUAGAGCAUCCCAGCAAUCACCUCUUAGAGGGGUUUUCAGAAUUGCAAUCCCAGACAAAGGCCCUUAGAGAAGCUUAUGAUGGGAGGCAUGAAGGACCAGUCACAAGGAACUACUUACAGUUGUUUUCUUACUAUCAGGAGAUGGGUGAGGCAGGUUGCUCACUGGAUGAGUGUGAGGUCUAUAGGUUGUGUAUGAAAGCAGAACUAGCAUACCUCAUAUACACAAACCACCUACACAACCCAGAUGAAGCGCAUGGGUCACAGGCCUUUAAUCCCCCAUUCUAUCUUGGGUCUGAUGUUACACCACUUGAUACCAAAGAAGAAACCAGUUCUAACACAGGACUCUGGCUAUCUGAUUUCAGCCUACCUGAACUGGUGCCAUGUAAGGAACAGAUGCAAGGUGAAAAGGUGGGAUACUGCCCAGGAGAAAUGGACAAAGACAGUCUAGUGGUAGAGCUGCAGGCACAGGCCCGUUCCCUUCAAGCCCUCUCCAAGCAGCUGCAUCCUUUGGAUGAAGAUGCAGGUGCACUGUCUGAUCUUUCUCCAGUACUCCUGCGGACUGUGUUCUUCCAGGCCAUUUUGGCAUACGUGACAAGCCGACUACACGUGACUCUGCAGCGGCAAGUGCGUCUCUUGCAAGAUCAGCGGGAGCAGGCUGUGUGCCAGUGCCACAGACUGGAGGGCCUGUUGCAAGAACAGGCUGAGCGCCAUGAGGAAAAGCUGCGUGAGGAUCGUGUGGUCAUAGAGGUGGCCGAGCUGGCACGCGUCUCAGCUGAGACAGAUGCCCAGAUAAAGGGACAAGAAGUGCAGCAACUGGAGGAGACAUUUGAGAAAAAUCUCCAGGAGCUUCAGCAAAUCCAUGAAGAAGAGAUGACGCGUCUCCAUGGAUACUUAACUCAGAGCCAGUCACAGACUGUGACCCCCAAUGAAUCCAGUAAUGGAGAUGGCAAACUUUCUGUGACCUCUAUGAAGGAAAGAAUCAGUGAGCUGGAGCUACAGAUUAGAUGCUUGGAAGAUGAGAUUCGCAGGGGAGAUGCAAACACCUUGAGACAGGCCUAUGAAAAGGAACUGGAGACACUUAAGGUUACCUGUGAACUUGGCUUCAGCAGCAUGGAGCAGAGUCAUCAGAGGGUGAUUGAGGAGAUGCAGCGGCAACACCAGAUAGAGGUGGAACAGUUGCUGGAAGAGAAAGAACGAGUACUCCAGGAAGAAACCAAUGCCACAAUAGCAGCCAUUGAGGCCAUGCGCAAAGCUCAUAAGGAGGAGAUGGAGAAAAGUCAAAAAGCUCAGCAGAAUGGAGCCAGCACAGACCUCAACAAGCUGCGUGCCCAUUUUAAUGUUUGUGUGUUGUUCAGAGACGAGCUGGAUUCACUACACAGGGAACUGGAGGUGCUCUCAGAGCAGUACUCUCAGAAAUGCCUGGAGAAUGCACACCUGAAUCGAGCCAUAGAGGCAGAGAGACAAGCCCUGAGCUCUGUCGAGAGAGACAACCAGGAACUCCACACACGCAAUCAAGAGCUAAAUAAGCGCAUGGUGGCGGAACUCUCCCUAAUGCACUCUUGUGUGACUGGCGGAGUAGAACAAACCGAGCCAUCUCAGGGCAAAGAUGUGAUUCAGCUGGAGGUGGCAUUACGAGUGAAGGAGUCAGAAAUUCAGUGUCUGAAGCAAGAGAUCAGAUCUCUACAGGAGGAGCUGCAGGCUGCAAACAGACAUUGCAAGAAGCUGAUGAACGAGUCGGGCGUCAGAUGUCAAUCUGCCGGUGUUAAGCGCAGUGUUGAGACUUACGGGCGACAGAGCCAAAGUUCUGAUGUGAUGAAGUCAAGAAGUAAUCCUGACUUUCUGAAGAACCGUACUAAACCAAAACAACCAAGCAGAUCCAAGAGUCUGAGGGAGCGUCUCUCUUUCCAGGAGAGAAUGAACCUUUUUGAAUCGGGCAGCAAAUAGAAAGAUCUCGUUGUGUCUCUGUAUGUGUGCACUUUUUUCACAAUUUUUGUGUCUUGUAUAUGGGCUUAAUUUAAUAUUUAUACAUAAAGGUAAUGGGGUUAAUUUUUUUUAUUUGUGAUUUUGUAUAUCAUGAUGCGGAGAUCUUUCUUUGGUCUGUCCCUUCUGUCCCUGGUAUGUUAAAUAUGUUGUCACAUAUUUGCUAUAAUUUAUUUUUAUAGCACUUUUAGUUCAUUUAAAAUGUAACUACUGCUUGACUUGAUUGUUUGUUUGUUUUUCUAAAUAAAAUCAAAAGUAAAAAAUUUUUUAAAAUGCUAAA